AUGGUGUGGUUUCGACCUGGUUCUAGUGUGGCAAAGCUUGAUGUACAAAGGACCAUGAAUCAGGAUGGUUCAUACGGACGAGGACACGCUCCCUACCUUCUAAAAAUCAUUCCUUUCACUCAAUCCUUUACAGACCAAACCCUAAAAGACUUGCUUCUGUUCCUUUCACUAAACCCUUCACAAGUCUCUGUUCUUCCUCUCCCAUCGCCACUAUCAUAUCUGGAGAUUCUUGCAGUAACCAUUUUUCCUGCUUACCUAGUGACCAAUAACUCGGAACAUAACUUAUUCAAACAGUUCCUGAAAGCAGAUGAGUGGGACGUGAACAAAUGGUCAUGGGAAGGAGAAUUGAAAGUGGUGAGCAAAGGAAAAGAAUGCAUUAUUAAACUUGUAGAUAAAACCACUGGGGAACUUUACGCUCAGGCCUUUCUGCGUGAUGGUGAACCUUAUCAUGUAGAAGCCGUUAUCGACAGUAGCAGGUACUUGAACAAGAAGAAAACAGCAGAAGAAAUGGAAAAACACUUUCAAAAGACUUUAUCUAUCGAUUACAACUUAAAGGAAGGAGAAACCAUUGUUCUUCAACUAAAAAAUAGGAAUGAUCAAGACACAAAGUCUAAGUUGGUGGAUAAGAGUCUCAGUAAUCUCAGUUGGAAGCAAAGGGAUGUUCAUGCUGGUGCACAUUACUCUGAUCUCGCUCUUGUAACAUGUGAUGUCGAUGAGAUAGCUGCUGGUUCGAAGUCUAGCUUUGUUCAUGCUUAUGCACAUGGCUAUUGUUUGGUUUAUAUAUAUUUUGGAUGCACAUGACUAAUUGAUGGCUUAUGUGCUUCAGAUGACAACAAUUUAUAAUGUAUGCAAUAUAUUUUUAACUAUGAAAAUGGAGGAGGAUAACAAAAGAAUGAUAUUUAUAAAGGUUAUGUUUAAAAUUUUGAUUUGUAAAUAACAUUUUUUAUGACUGCUCAAUAAAU